AUGGUCCUGACGUAUGGACGUCCGGCAGCAGCGCUCGUGAGCGGCCGCGUGCUCCAGCAGCAGCUCAAGCACCGGCAACAGCUCUCGCUCCCGGCAUCGCAGACGACCCGUGCGCUGUUUACGGUCGUCGAGAAGUACCUCGAAGCGUCCAAGCGCUUUGGCCUAAAGCAGACGCUGUGGAAACUCUAUAAUCCCGGGGACGUCAAGUUUGGCCGCUGUGUGGGCCAAGACGAGAACGGGUUCAAGUACUACGAAGACCCGACGGAGCUCUACGGUCAAGACCGCUGGACCGAGUACCAGGUGGACUCGUGGGACGAGGUCGAAGGCACGCUCAUUCCGCCCCCGUGGCACUUGUGGAUGCAUCACUUGACCGACGCGGUGCCGGGCGAGGCGGGUCAAGACGCCCAGACGUGGGCGAAACGACCGGUGGUCGCGCACUCGGACGCGCCGUUCACGAACCACGUGGGCGAGAGUGGGCCGUACUCCCCGAACAAGACGCUCUAUCGCUCGCGCGGCUACAAUGUCGGUAGCGUGGCGAUUCCGCCGGGCGAGCCGGACCAGUACUACCUCCAGCCCGGCCACUUGCGUCGCAAGCGCAAGCACGAGCAGCACUUUUUCGCCGAGGUGGACUACAACAAUCCCGAGAUGUCGGACGAGAGUCGUCAGCAGUCGCUGCGUCCAGCGGACGUCAACUAA